CCAACAUCCUCUAAGAUGUUUAUAUGGACCAGUGGCCGGACAUCUUCAUCUUACAGACAUGAUGAGAAAAGAAACAUUUACCAAAAAAUCAGGGACCAUGACCUCCUGGACAAAAGGAAAACUGUCACAGCACUGAAAGCAGGAGAGGACCGGGCCAUUCUCCUGGGACUGGCCAUGAUGGUGUGCUCCAUCAUGAUGUACUUUCUGCUGGGAAUCACACUCCUGCGCUCAUACAUGCAGAGUGUGUGGACCGAGGAGGCUGAGUGCACCUUGCUGAAUGCAUCCAUCACGGAAACAUUUAACUGCUCCUUCAGCUGUGGUCCGGACUGCUGGAAACUCUCUCAGUACCCCUGUCUCCAGGUGUACGUUAACCUGACUUCUUCUGGAGAGAAGCUCCUUCUCUACCACACGGAAGAGACAAUGAAAAUCAAUCAGAAGUGCUCCUAUAUACCUAAGUGCGGAAAAAAUUUUGAAGAAUCCAUGUCCCUGGUGAAUGUUGUCAUGGAAAACUUCAGGAAGUACCAACACUUCUCCUGCUAUUCUGACCCAGAAGGAAACCAGAAGAGUGUCAUCCUAACCAAACUCUACAGUUCCAACGUGCUGUUCCAUUCACUCUUUUGGCCAACGUGUAUGAUGGCUGGGGGCCUGGCUAUCGUUGCCAUGGUGAAACUCACACAGUACCUCUCCCUGCUCUGUGAGAGGAUUCAACAGAUCAAUAGAUAA